AUGGACUAUGUGUCAAAAUGGGUUGAGGCAGUUGCUCUGCCUAAGAAUGAUGGCAAAAGUGUUGCAGGAUUUCUAAAGAAGAAUAUCUUCUCAAGGUUUGGCACACCGAGAGCUAUUAUCAAUGAUGGGGGUUCCUAUUUUUGCAGUAAGGUAUUCAAUUCUCUUCUGGCAAAAUAUGGGGUUAAACAACACAAGGUGGAACCACAUUAUCACCCGCAGACCAGUGGCCAAGGGGAGGUAUCAAAUAGGGAAAUAAAGGCUAUUCUGGGAAAAAUGGUGAAUACGAACAGAACAGAUUGGGCAAGAAAGUCAGAUGAUGAUCUAUGGGCAUAUCAGACAGCUUUCAAGACGCCUAUUGGUAUGACUCUAUAUCAAUUGGUGUUUGGAAAGGUAUGUCAUUUGGCGGUUGAGCUUGAGCAUAAGGCAAUCUGGGCUUUGAAGAAGUUGAACAUUAGUUGGAGUAAAACUGCAAACCUUAGACUGGAUCACAUCAAUGAGAUGGAUGAGUUACGCUUGAGAGCAUAUGAGAGGUCUGCACUGUACAAGGAGAGGAUGAAUUUGUAUCAUCGUAAGCAUAUCGAGGAAAGAACCUUUACUCCUGGUGACUUGGUGUUGGUUUACAACUCCAGACUUCGUCUGUUUCCUGGGAAAUUGAGAUCCAAAUGGUCUAGGACGUUUAAGGUAACUUAUGUAUUCUAG